UCCCUAAUUUCUUCGUUCUCAUUUCUCUCCGUCUUCUUCUUCAUCACAAAUCACUCUGUUUCCUAGUCGAGCUGCUAGCAUUAGUCAAGAUCUUUCAGAUUGAAAGUAAGAAGGGCGACACCUCGAUCUUGAAUUUCACCGAAGGGAGUUAGAAAUGAGCAGGGGACUUAUUACCGACAAAUGGUCCAUGAGGAUUCUCUGGGCUUGUGCUGUUGGAAGUGCAAUCAGUUUCUUUAUGGUGGCGCAAGAAAGACAACUGCAGAAUAGGGAUAAAAUGUUGGCUGAUUCUCUUAAUGAAGCAGAUGGAGGCACUGGUGGUGAAAAAAUGUAAUCAAACAAGAUGCUUUAAUGCUAUCUCUUUUGUUUUGUUUCCUUGGUUUUGGCUGCCUUUCAAUGUAGCAUCAAUGAUUUGGAACCCUAUUGCUUUUGCUAUAUACAAUAAGUCGAUGAAUCUUAAACAU